AUGGAACAACAACUUCUAUGGAAAAAUCUUGAAUUUCUAGACCUUCACUCCAACUUGAUUCAGGGACCACUUCCAAAUCCACCACCUUACUUGAUAUUGUUUUCGUUGUCAAACAACAAUUUCACGGGUGAGAUACCUCUCAGCUUUUGCAAUAUGAGUGACAUAGCAAUUCUAGAUCUUUCGUAUAAUAAUUUGAGUGGUAUAAUUCCAAAAUGCAUGGCAAACUUUAGUAGUCUUCAUGUGUUGGAUCAACGAAAAAAUAGAUUGUAUGGCAGCAUUCCUGGAAUAUUUGCACAAGGCAAUCAUUUUAGGACUCUCAAUCUCAAUGGCAAUGGACUUGAAGGGCCAAUCCCAGGAAGUUUGGUUCUUGUUCUUCGCUUCUACAAGUUUUACGGUUUUGAGUGGGGUUCUUCUAAAUUUAAUAGUUCUUUCCCUAUGCUGAGAAUCUUAGAUCUCUCACACAACAAUUUUAGUGGUCGUUUGCCAACAAGGUUCCUUAAGAAUCUAAAAGCUAUGAUGAAUCUUGAUGAAGCCAAAAGGAAGUUGGAUUAUAUGGGUGAAACAUAUUAUCAAGAUUCAGUGGCGAUGGUAGUUAAAGGUUUUGAAAUCAGACUGGAGAAAAUUGUUACUACUUUUACUACCAUUGAUUUUUCAAACAAUUGUUUUCACGGAGAAAUUCCAAACUCAAUUGGAAAACUUCAUUCACUUCGACUCCUCAAUCUCUCUCAAAAUAGCCUAACCAGUCAUAUUCCUUUGUCUUUAGAAAAUUUGACUGCACUUGAAGCUUUAGACCUAUCUUCAAACAAGCUUGUUGGAGUGAUUCCAUCGCAAUUGGUAGGUUUGACCUUUCUUGCAAAGUUAAACUUAUCACAAAACCAUUUUGUGGGGCCGAUUCCCCCGUGGAACUAG